GCAUGGGUGCGGCGCGCCGGUACUGCGCGCACAUUACACAGCCGCAGUCGUGUUUCGCCAUUCGAAAAGAAGGUUAUUGUUACAAUGACACGGGCACCGGACUAUCGAUAAAGUGUGUUUGUAUGUCGUUUUCGUCGAUAAUAAGUGUUGUGUUUACUUUCACCCGUGCGAAUGUCUCGAUCCUCACCUUUUCGUUUGUUUUUUCUUUUAAUCACUGCCGCAUGGGACGGCGCUUACGUUUCAGUUAACCUUUUAUUUUGAAACGAUGGAACGUUGUUCUUAUGGUUUUUACACCAAAAGGUCUGAAAUCCUAGACAACUUACAAAAGAAAAAGGAUCAGGAGAAGGAGCCACAAAUUUCAAAUUAUCAACAGCAGCUUGUGAAGCCGGUCGACAAGUCCUUACAUCCUGCAGAAGUGCCAAAUGUCAAUGUACCUGUAACGCAGCAUGUGCCCGCUCAGCAGCUGUUGUCCCCCACCCACACCCUGGGCCAGUCUCCGCAAACAAAAGAAGACUCCAAAGAUAAGUCAAUAAAGGUUGCCAACUCAACGACAAUAACUUUAAUAGAAAACGGUAACGUCAACGGUGAUAAGGACAAAGACAAUAAUUAUCAUAAAAAUUACUUCACGUUAGAACCUAAAAAUGAGAAAAAGGAUGACUGUAAUAAGAACAGUAUUACAAUAACUAAGACUGCGAUAAAGCAGUCGCCUGGUGGCAGUCAGGGAGAGAAAAAGACACAGGGCAAGCCGGCUAAGAGGCCUCUGCAGUACUUGGAGACUCUUGCAGAGAAGGCUGGUAUCACUUUCGAGGAUAAGUACGAAGCUGCUAACACAUUACUAGCUUUAGACAAACAAAAUACUAAUAAUAGGAGACUGCCAGACUUGAAGCCACCUAAGUCUGAACCAGACAAUCAUAAUCAGCUAGAGGAAUAUAGAUAUAGGAAUCAAAAGGAGGAAGAUGACAAAUUACAGAUCCAACAACAAAUAAUCCAGCAGCAACAACAGCAACAGUUGCAACAAUUGCAACAGCAACAACUGCAGCAGUUGCAGCAACAGCAGGCAUUGCAGCAAGCUUUGCAGCGGCAGCAGCAACAAGCUAUACAGCAGCAUAUAAAGAACCAUCAGGAUCAACAGGAAUUGCUGCAGAAGCAAUUUCAGCAGCAACAACAGCAACAGCAGCAGCAGCAACAACAACAACAGCAACAGCAGCAACAACAGCAACAACAACAACAGCAGCAACAGCAACAGAAGACUGAGUUGUUGCAAGUCACCCAGCAAGGGGAUCAGCAACAGCAAAAGUACUUGCAGCCGGUGCACACGCAGUUCAACGUGCCCGGCAUUGGGGAGAUCAACCUCAGCUUUCUGGCGACUCCUCAGAGUAACGUCAACCUGCUUUUUGAAAAGAACCAGAAGACGAUGAGCGGAGAGAUCAAACCGCAACAAAUAGUAGACGGUCAGACACAAGUCCUUCAGCAGCAGAUGAGCAUGGCGCAGCACGAGCAGACGCCGCAGCACCACCAGACAGUCACCGUCGUGUCUUCCAUGCCCAGCUCCAUGGCUCAGCAUCAGGUGCAACAGCAACAGACGGGUGGUAUCCAGCAGCAAGCUGGAAGCAUCUCCACCAUGCCGCCCCUGCAGAGUCUGCCGACGAACCCUCAACAUCCACAGCAGAUCAGCGCGGAAUGGGGCCACAGUCGCGUGCAAGUGAUUCAGCAGCCGCUGCAGAACAGCACCUACUUGCAGCAGCUGUACAAUGCUCAGGGCCCCUUGCUGAUGCCCGGGAACAUCGCACUGCAUCCCGGGAUCAAUUCACAGCAGAUACAGGUGAUCGCUGCCGGCAAGCCGUUCCAGGGUAACCAGCUAGCCCCACACAUGCUCACCACUCAAGGCAAACAGGUCUUACAAGGCCAGGCUGCGCCGUUCCCGGGGUACACGACGAUUCCCGCGAUACCUACGACGCAGAACCAGACGUUCGUGUUCAGUCCCCUGGGCGUGAUCAACUCGCAGCCGAGCAUCCUGCCCGCGCACUCGCAUUCCACCGUCGCCGGCAUCUCGCAGCAGCAGAAGCAGUCUGAUAUGCAUAAGUGUGGAGGCAAAGCUACGGCCGGGAAGUCAGGAACCAGCGGUGGUACUCAGACAGUCCAAGCUCAGUGCGUGCAAGUCUCCCAACCAGUGCUGGGCACGCAACAACCGACGCAGGCGCAGAUCAUCAGUCCCCUGCAGGCGGGUACACAAACAAUGCAGUUCGCUCCGUGGCAGAUAUCCGGGGCUUUGCCCCAGGUCUGGGCUGGCGGAUUGCCGACCGGAGCCCCGCAUCUUCUGGCUCCUAACCCCAUCUUCAUCCGAGGGGCGCAGCCCGACGCUCCACCUUCAAUGUUCAUUCAGCACUCGCCUCAGAAUAAUCUGCAGCAUACCAGUGUCAGCGUGGCCUGUGCGACUUCAACGACUUCUAAGCCGCGGGCUUCUUCCGAUGGCUUGGCCAAAGCCCCGAGGCCGCUGUCCAACAUACUCCCGUCUAGCGGUAUACGGCCUGGCCCGGCUUCGUCGGUUUCAACCCAGACGAGUGCCAAUCAAGCUCAGAACCAGGCGAAACAACGCGGCAAGCCGGGCGUCCGAUCCCCGGCGCCGGCCGCGAAACAAGAUGCGGCUAACCAGACGAACAAGAUGCAGCAUCAGAUACAACAGCCGAAACAACAACUACUGGUGAUGAAUUCGGGACAGAUGACUCAAAUCACCAGCGUUGAUAAGCCGUUGACGAAAAAUAUGGCGACUCAACAGGCUUUGUUGCAGCAACAAGCUAUACAGCAACAACAACAGCAGCAACAACAGCAACAGCAGCAGCAACAGCAACAGCAGCUGAUCCAUCAACAGCAACAGACGCAACAAAUGGUGCACUACCAGCAACAAGGAAUGUCUCUAGGCAUGCAACAAGGCACUCUGCCGGUCGGCUCGGUAGCUCAAACGCUGCCAAUGGCGGGCAUACCACAAACAAUAUCUAUGGUACAACAGAUUCACCCAGUGAGUAUCUAUACGUUGAGUGGUAUGGGCCAACCCGGGACGUUAGUCAGUCAGCUGAGCACUUCUCAACCGCAAAGCGUUCAGACUUUGCAACAACCACAGACCCUGGUCGGUAGCGGCUUGGUCCAGACAUCCGUUGGCAUGACCGUCCAACAACAAGCUGCUUUAAACCACUCCGCUUCUAUGCAGACGUCGGGGCUCGCGCUCGAUGGGGCUUCGUUGCUGUCCUCGCCGCUCGUGCAAGUCUCCCCGGCCCUAUUGCACCAUGAGCUAACUCUGCAAGCGGCGCAAGGCACGGUGGGUCUCAUCGCUGCGCCGGUCCAGGGUUCGGUGCUGCCUCUACAAACGCCUGCCACCCUCGUCACACAUGUCAAGACUGAGGAUGAUAAGGCUGCAACGGCGCCGGUGCUACAAAUCCAGCCGGCCCAGCAAGUAGUGUCGGAAGCGACGGAGGCUUGUACCACGACGUUCAGUUCUGCGUCCGUGACCGUCACUACUGCUGAUGCUGCUGUGUCUACCAGUACUGCUACUGUUGGCUCAGUAACGCCAAUGGAGACUUCGAAGUCAAGUCCAUCGAAGGCAGACAGUCAGAUCAGUACCAGUGAGCCAGCGGUCUCCGCAGCGUCUACUGUCGCGACCAGCACCGCUCCCGUGCCAAGCAGUGCUCAGCAAACUACGCCUGUUGCGCCUCAGGUGGUGACAACGGUAGCGUCUUCAACAUCAUCAUCAUCGACGAUGACUGCUGCCAUCACAGCGCCCGUGUCUUCUGGUGGCACCGCGCUCUUCAAGAGCACCCAGUGUACUCCCAGACAUAUGAGCCAACAAGCUGCUCAUGACAAGGGUCUUCCCAAAGCGAUGGUGAAGCCGAACAUAUUGACGCACGUGAUCGAGGGCUACGUCAUUCAGGAAGCCGGAGAACCUUUCGCUAGUAAUUUGGUGCAGGUCAACCGGCCUCUGAGGGACUGGGUCGAUAAGGAACAGGACAAGGAGAAUAAGCUGCCCUCGUCUGAUGAUGGACCGCCUCGUAAAAAGCAAAUGCUAGAACACUCGCCCAGCGUGGGUCGUAUCAGCUCGUCGAACGAGAGCGCGGCUCAUAGCACUGCUUCCAACUCGAGUGCUAAGGCGGAAGCGCCCGAGCCUAGCGCUGAGGCCGCACCCAAAAUACCUAACGCUAAUAAGUGGACUGUAUCGGAAGUCUGCGACUUCAUCCGCAAUAUCCCCGGCUGCGCUGGCUACGCAGACGAGUUCCUCAUGCAAGAGGUAGACGGCGAGGCCCUGCUCCUCAUCAGACCGGAACACCUCGUCAUGGCGCUGUCCAUGAAACUGGGGCCAGCCCUCAAGAUUGUCGCCUGCAUCGACUCCUUGCGUCCGGAGAGCGAACAGUCUUCGCAUGAUCAUGACUGAGAUUUGCUGUCAGUGUUCUUCGCGAACAAUUUGUAACUUCAGUGUUGCGUUAUCGGAGAACACUUUGAGACGAACAUUUGCACUACCCACGUAAGAGUUAUUCUGUUCAAGUAGACAAUUUGUAAUACUUGUUGUUUAGUUGUUAGUUCUUAGCUACGGUAAGGGGACUACAUCGAGUUUUCACAUCAAAACUUCAUACACGAUGCUAACCAGUCAUUCAUUAAAUUUUCAUAAGAUAUUACAGACAAUAGUUGUGAAAAACCUAUGUGAAAUAGUCUAAUGUUUAGGCGGUUUCGCGGCGAUAAUAUGACCGAAAUCAUUUGUAGACUUAAAUUAGUAGACUUCAUUGAUGAAAUAUUCAUAAGACAUCAGAAACAAUAGUUUUAAAAAUCUAUGUGAAAUAGUCUAAGAUAUAGGCAAUUUUGCGGCGAUAAUAUGACCGAAAUCAUUUUUAGAUUAAUAUUGGUAGACUGCCAAAAACUAUGGCAAACUUCAUUGAUAAAAUAUUCAUGAGAUAUCAGAUACAAUUACGUGAAAUAGUCUAAGAUAUAGGCAAUAUCGCGGCGAUAAUAUGACCGAAUUCAUUUGUAGACUAAUAUUAGUAGACUGCCAGAAACGACAAACUUCAUUGAUUAAAUAUCAGAUACAAUAAUUCUGAAAUAGUCUAAGAUGUAGGCAAUUUUGCGGCGAUAAUAUGACCGAAAUCAUUUGCAGACUUCAUUGAUGAAAUAUUCAUUAGACACCAGAUACAAUAGUUUUAAAAAUCUAUGUGAAAUAGUCUAAUGUUUAGGCGAUGUUGCGGCGAUAAUAUGACCGAAUUCAUUUGUAGACUGCCAGAAACUAUGGCAAAAUUCAUUGAUAAAAUAUCAGAUACAUUAGUUGUGAAAAACCUAUGUGAUAAAGUCUAAUGUUUAGGCGGUUUCGCGGCGAUAAUAUGACCGAAAUCAUUUUUAGACUAAUAUUAGUAGACUACCAGAAACGAAGGCAAAACCGUUUAUAAAAUAUUCAUAAUAUUUCAGAUACAAUUAUGUGAAAUAGUCUAAGAUAUAGGCAAUUUUGCGGCGAUAAUAUGACCGAAUUCAUUUGUAGACUAAAAUUUGUUGACUGUCGAAACUGGUCCAUAGGAUUAGCAAGUAGAAGUAGCAACUAAACGAACGCCUUCACUAAAACAGAAUCAAUUCAUUCAAUUACUAGCAUAUUUAGGUUUAAAUACUAUACUAAUAUGUUGGUAUUUUCAACCGUUGUUAAGGAAUGCUAUUGUCGAUAUAUUUGUUCCCUUCGCAUUUUGUUCCACACGUUUUAUCUUACAGCCGUCACGCAUCACCAUCAUUACCGCGUUUCAUUAAGUUCGGAAAAUGCUAUUGUGCACUUAGGACAAAUGUCGAAAGUUCCGCCUAUCUAGUGUUAAGUUAUACUUAUUUAAGCACGUACUUAGAUAAUAAUUACUUUCGUCUCUCUUUUUCUUUUAUUUAAUAACUUCCAGAAAUACUUGUUUUUCUCACGAAAAAGGCGUUUUCCUUCUUUUCCGCAUAAUCCCUAUACGCUAAAUUCUUUUCACUUCAAAAUACAGCCAGUGGGCGUCAAACUGACGAUCUCGAAAGCUCGUAAGAUUGACGCCUUCACCCUAUUCAAACCUACUCCUAAGUCAAUUCGACGGAAAAUUACUUGAACAUUAAUUUGAAUUGUCUGGAAUGUUCGAAGAAAUAUUUUGUACAAUAUUCGACCUUGAACGUGUUAGGGGUGUAUGUCAAUGUAUAGAUUUAUAUCUUAGAUGAUAAUGGCUUCGGCAGGUUAUCGACAUUUAUAUUUAUCGUAUUCACUUUUUGAAAUGUAAAACAACGAUUAUCGAUUUUAAAAUGUUAUACUGAGAAUCGAUAACUGAAAAGUGAAUGGAUAAAGUAUCGGUUGCCUGCCCCAGUCCCUAGUUACUGUAGGCACAGUUUGUAUGUCGUCGUUACUGUUGCAACACAUACACUUUGUUCACUAGCUGUACGUUAGGCUAACUCUAAACGUUAAGUAGUAGGUACUAAGUUAAUGUUUCACAUAGACUAACAGUUAGUUGUUGUAAUUAAAAUUUUUAUAACACAAAAUGUAUAACAAUAUUCGCUUUUAUAGUUAAUUCGUGUUCAGUUUAGUGCAAUUCAACAUAAAUGAUUGGUGUAUUAUUAUUUAAAAGAUCCCCGUUUGCCAGUGUGUUUUGUUUGCAAAUUUUAUUUAUCAAAACACUCGUGCUGACCGAGCCAACAGCUUAUUACAUCGAUGGUGCUACUUAGUUAUAUUUUUGUGGCUAAACAUUAUAUUAACACGAUUUCUUGGAUUCAUAUGUGUUUGUAGAUAAUUUCUAAUAUAUUAACAAAUACAGCGAUUAUCAUUAUUUAAUUAUUAUUAUUGUAUAGUUAUUUGAAUACAUAGUUGGUAAAUAAUGUUCAAUUUUGGAAUCGCGUUAUACACCACGGCCAAUUAUUGUAAAUAUUAGAUUUAUUGGGUUAUAUGCAAGAGAAGAGAGUUGAUUGAUCACGUUAUCUUGUAAAUAUUCAGACGUAUGAGCACUUACCAAAAUCAGGUCAGUAAUAAUAUCUAUAUCAUAAGUAAACUUGUAUAAUGCUUUGGUGAUUUCAAACUGGGAUUUAAUUUAGAAGGAUUUUCGGUUAUAAUGUUAAGUAUUGCUAAUUUACUAAAUGGAUAUAUUAUUUUUUGUUCUGCGCAUUUUCACGAAUAUUAUAUUUAAUUUACUGAUGAUUAAUAUGUUAAUGUAUUAUAGUAGGAUAUUAUUAUAUGAUUGUAUACCAACAAUGCUACGUAAAAUUCUGAGAACUUUAAUUUUGAUUAUUAUAUAAUGUACAGCAAUGGUAGGAGAGUGUAGAUUAAUCUUCACAAUUUGUUUAUAUAAUGUACCUAAGGUUAAAGCAUAAUAACUUUGUAUGUAUAAAGUACAGUCGGCUUGAGCACUGCCAUGAGGUUUAAAUGUACAGUUCGCAUCAGGUCGGCGUCGGCGGCCCGCGUGGCUACACAUUGUAAGAUGGGCACGAUGUUAUUAAGAGAUUUCCAUGUUGUUAUCUUUGCCUACAAUGUUAGCCGCUAGGCACGCUACCGUCAGCCUGUUUAUGUAAGUUUGUGUAGUCAUAGAAGUCAGUUAUGAAUACUCCUACGGUUUUUUAGAAUUAUUACUGCUUUAGAAUCUAGUAGAUGUAUAAACGUUUUGAUAUUGAUACAUAGUACGACUAACUUUUUGUAAGUAUUGAAUAUGUGACUACACAAUUCUACAAUUAUAUAAGUAAUUAGAAUGUUUAAAUGUCCAACACACUGCUCAAAAAGGUGCAGGAGCUAUUUCUUGGUUCAUUAAGGGAAAUAAAGCAAAUGAGACUGAUA